AGCACAUACGAUGAAUACGGGGGGUACAGCUACAUAUACAUUACAGAGUUGGCAAACUAUCUAUCUAUGACUGUAAAGUGUAAAGCAUUAAGCAAGCACCGGCCACGCUAAACACUCUUCUAGCUUCUUCAAAUUACGACAACAAAUAAUUUUGACGUGAUCCAACUACGUGUUACUUUUUUAUUGGUCACACUUUUUAGCCUGUUGCAUUCUUAUUUCUUAAGCUUCCACCGCUCUCUUUUAUUUUCUUCCUUUCCCCCUGUUUCACUACUACUACUACUACUACUUAAUAAUAAUAAUUUCACUCAUCUUCUACCUCCUUAUUCUCAAUUCAUUCAUUCUCAAUCUCUUUCCUCAGAUCUCAGGGCAGCAGCAGCAGCCAUGGGGGAAAAGGAAAAGGUUAAGGUAACCAUAAUGAAACUCAAGGUUGAUCUUCAGUGCGAUAAAUGCUACAAACAGGUCAAGAAACUUCUCUGCAAAUUUCCUCAAAUUAGAGACCAGGUGUACGAUGAGAAGAACAACAUCGUCACAAUCACAGUGGUUUGUUGUAACCCUGAGAAGAUCAGAGACAAGAUUUGCUGCAAAGGUUGUGGUGCCAUCAAAAGCAUCGAAAUUCUCGAACCUCCUCCACCUCCCAAACCCAAAGAACCUGAAAAGCCCAAGGAACCCGUCAAGCCCAAAGAGCCUGAAAAGCCCAAAGAGCAUGUAAAGCCCAAGGAGCCCGAAAAACCCAAAGAGCCCGAAAAGCCCAAGGAAAAGCCUCCACCGCCGCCAGAGCCCAAGCCUGAACCACCAAAAGAACCAGAGAAGCCAAAGGAAAAGCCUCCUCCGCCGCCACAGCCACAACCAAUGCCACAACCACCACCUCAUAUUCCGGUGUGUCCACCGCCAAUGGCGGUUCCAAUUGGAGUGUGUUGUACUUCAUGCUAUGAAGGUAGGGAAGGUGGGCCAUGCUUUCACGGUUACGGUGGUUAUGGUGGGCCACCACCAGCACCAGCAAGUUGUUAUGAUGGGUAUUAUGGAAGACCAAUUUAUGAUAGUUAUGGUGGUAGCAGACCUUGUUAUGUGAGUCGUUGUGAUGAAUAUUUGUGUGAAGAAAAUGCAUCUGCUUGCACAAUUAUGUGAUCGAUCGAUGAUCUCAUUUCCUAAAUUUGUCACUAGUGGGUCAUGCAUGCAACCGUCACUACACCUACUAUUCUUGGUGGUUCGUUUCUUCAUCAUCAAUAAUCUUUGAUUUCAUAAUCAAAAUCAUGGACUAGUUUUUGUUUAUGUAAUUACCAAAUUAAUAACCUUGUUUGGUUCGAAGCAAUCUAGCUUAUACGAGAGAGGGGUUAAAGAAAGAAUAAAUGUUAUGUUACAAUGUACUAGUAGUAACUAGUUGAGACCAUGCAUAUAUUUUGGUAAUUUAGUGCCAUUCAUUGCAAAACAAAAA